AAGACUGGUGUGUUCUUGAAUGUAUUGGUGUGUUCUUGUCAUCUGAAGUCGUGUGUUCUUAUCAACUGUAUUGGUGUGUUCUUGUUAAGACACAACAAAAUGCUGCUGACGCCGACUUUGAUUUUACUGGUGGCGACAUCAGUGGCCUCCCUUAGAAGCGUCUGUUACUACACCAACUGGGCCCAGUACAGGGCGGGGAAGGGCAAGUUUUUACCCGAGAAUGUCGACCCCACCCUGUGCACCCACAUACUCUACGCCUUUGCCAAGCCCGAGGGUACCGAGAUCAAACCAUUCGAGUGGAACGAUGACGACAUGUAUUCCAGAAUCAUGGCUUUAAAAAACAGGAACGGCAACUUGAAGGUGCUGUUGUCAUUAGGCGGUGGCUCCGUGGGUUCCGCCCCCUUCACCCACAUCGUCCACGACCCCUCCACCAGGGGCGCCUUCAUCACGUCCGCCAUUAACUACCUGAGACAAAAACACUUCGACGGUCUGGACGUGGACUGGGAAUAUCCUGCCCAGUUUGAGAGUCCGGCAUCGGACAAGCAGAAGUUUCUGCAGUUCAUGCAGGAACUGAAAUCUCGUUUUGAGAGCGAGGCUUCCAGUAGUGGACGUCCGAGACUUUUGUUGACCGGCGCUUUUCCAGCAGACAAGAGUUAUAUUGAUGCCGGAUAUGACGUAGCAGGUUUGGCGGCAGUGAUGGAUUUUAUCAACGUAAUGACGUAUGACUUCCACGGCCCAUGGGGUAACACUGUGGGGUUCAACAGCCCGCUCUAUGCCCAUCCUAGCGAGACGGGCUGGAACAGUCAGCUUAACCUGGACUGGACAAUGAAGUAUUACGUGUCCAAGGGUGCUCCUAAAGACAAACUAAACAUCGGCAUUGGCACCUACGCCAGAACGUUCCGCCUCGCUGACUCCAACCAACACAACAUUGGCGCGCCGUCUGGCGGGGAAGGAACGGCAGGGCCGGUCACUCAAAGUGCUGGAACUCUGGCAUACUAUGAGGUCUGUGAUCUAAUUUCUUCUGGAGCAUCCCCUAUUUUCGAUAGCUCCCAGCGAAAUCCCUACAUCGUCAGAGGCAGCGACUGGAUUGGUUACGAUAAUCAACAGAGCGUGAAAGAAAAGGCCUGUUACGCCAGAAACAACGGCUACGGGGUGAUGUUCUGGGAGCUGAGCAUGGACGACUUCUCUGGUCAGUCCUGUGGUCAAGGAAACUACCCGUUAAUUGGUCUAGCGUACCGGGUGGUUCAAGGCAGUGAGGGAUGUCCUUAGUAUGUGACAGACUUGUAUAAAACCUUGUUGACUGAAAUAUCUGCAUCGAAGCAAUGUUUAAUCAAGGGAGUAAAUAAAUAUUAUAAAAUAUCGUUUUGAAAA